ACAAUUGUGCGCUAAAGAAAAUCAAGAGAUCGGUACAAUAAAUUGAAAAUGUCUGUGAAAUUCAGCGGUACAAUAACACGAUCUGGCGGACUUAUCGAUGCAAUUAACAAAAAUCUGAGGCAAAUAAAUUUGAAGGCCGUUUCACGGAUUACAAUCAGUUUCGAUCCAUUCAAAGAAAAUGUUAGACAUACCAGAGACUUCCUAUUCUUUUUAUCGUCUCCGAAAGUGACGGCAACCAAUCCCAAUUGUGCCGUCAAAACCAACAUCAUUUGCAACCGUGCACCGUCAACAAUAUCAUUUUCUUUGAUACCAGCGGUACAAGAGACAUCGCAACUCAAACAAAUUAAAAUUGAUGCUGACAAUUUGACUUCGCUGGAACUCCUCCAGAUCUGCAACAAAUAUGUCACGAAAUUAGCUCCGAAGGAGGAAAUAGUGAAUGUCAUCAAAACUAAGUCGGAAAAGAAGGCUGGAGCCAAGAAGAGAUAGAACAUUUGCUACAUUGUCUACAGCGCAGUUAGAGAACGGUUAUUAAUUAGUGCAAGAAAUUGGUCAACAAAUAGAAAAAUGAAAAACUACAAGAAAGGCGGACACAUGGAUGUCAUUGAAAAUUUAUACAAUGGAUUGCCAUCGUUUACCGAUGUGUUUACGGAGGAGUCAUUUUACGUAUUCGUUGUAUGUUUUGUAUUAAGCACUUUCUUGAUAGCAUUCAUAUUGUCACGAUUCAUUACAAUAAAACCAAUGGAAUAAUGACAUUAA